AUGGCGCCGCUGGACCCAUUUGAGGUUGCAAAGCUACUGAACAGCAUUACGCGCAUGGACCCUGACAAAAGGAAGCAAGUACUAGAGAGCAUUGCGCGCAUGGACCCUGACAAAAGGAAGCACGUACUAGAGAGCAUUGCGCGCAUGAACCUUGACGAAAGGAAACGAAUACUAGACAGCAUUGCGGGCAUGGAUGAAGACGAUAGGGAAGGAGUACUAGACAGCAUUGCCCGCAUGUACCCUGACGACUGGAAACACGUGUGGUACAGCAUUGCGCGCAUGAACCUUGACGAAAGGAAACGAGUACUAGACAGCAUUGCGGGCAUGGAUGAUGACGAUAGGGAAGGAGUACUAGAGAGCAUUGCGCGCAUGCGCCCUGUCGAAAGGAAACGAGUACUAGACAGCAUUGCGCCACUGGACCCUUUUCAGGGUGCAAACCUACUGAGCAGCAUUGCGCGCAUGGAUGAAGACGUUAGGGAAAGAGUACUAGACAACCUUGCGCGCAUGGAUGAAGACGAUAGGGAAAGGAUACUAGACAUCAUUGCGCGCAUGGAUAAAGACGAUAGGGAAAGAGUACUAGACAGCAUUGCGCGCAUGGACCAUGUCGAAAGGAAGCGAGUACUGGACAUAAUUGCGCGAAUGGAUGAAGACGAUAGCGAAAGAGUACUAGACAGCGUUGCGAUUUUGGACCCCGUCGAAAGGAAACGGGUAUUUGAAAGCAUUGCGCGCAUGGAUGAUGACGAUAGGGAAAAAGUACUUGACGGCAUUGCGCGCAUGGAUGAAGACGAUAGGGAAAGAGUACUAGACAGCAUUGCGCGCAUGGAUGAAGACGAUAGGGAAAGAGUACUGGACAGCAUUGCGCGCAUGGACCUUGUCGAAAGGAAACGGGUACUAGAAAGCAUUGAUCAAUUUGAGGAUGGCGUUCGUAGGGAUUUCCUUCAAACUCCUGAGGAACUUGGGGAGGACAUGCGCUCUCAACUUCUGAACCUGAUUCGUAUGGAAGUCCUUUUCUUCCAACUCCACCUCCAUGGCCGACAUAGAAUUCAUCCUGAUGGAAAAAUCCCUCAUGGCAACUCAUUCUCUGGAGACCCGAUGGAUUUGGCUCCUUCAGCUCAUGUCAUAUCCAUGACUCUUCUUUGGAGUCCUUUCAACAGUUAUGCAUCAUCAGUGAAAGGGAAGAUCCAGCCGUGGAGGCGUCUGAGGGAGGAGGGAGAAGCAGAACAAGAUGGGCAAGCCCAUUUCAGUAGUGGGAAUCCUUUCGUUUAA